AUGAGGCCGGCGUUACUACAAUCGAGCCUUUGUCAAUGGGGACAUACGCCUCGAGCCAGGUCUUGUCUUCUAUUUCGACAACGUCGCUUCUUUGCGGCCGUUGCGGACGCAGUUAGGCCUUACGAUGUCAUUGUCAUCGGUGGUGGCCAUGCAGGGACAGAAGCCAGUGCUGCCUCCGCCAGAUCAGGCGCUCGCACGGCACUGGUCACACCGUCAUUAUCCAAUCUCGGCGUCUGUUCCUGCAAUCCCAGUUUUGGGGGCAUAGGCAAAGGCACGAUGAUCCGAGAAAUCGAUGCGCUGGACGGAGUCGCCGGUCGCAUAAUUGAUAAAGCCGGCAUCCAGUUUCGAAUGCUGAAUAUCAAGAAAGGUCCUGCGGUAUGGGGACCGCGAGCGCAGAUUGACCGGGACCUGUACAAGAAGUACAUGCGGGAAGAGAUGUUGGCAACGCCAAACCUGAGCAUACUGGAAGGCAAAGUCGCGGAUAUCAUUGUUUCAAGAGAGGGUAUCGAAACGGGGGACAAGAUAUCGCAAGGACGUAUAACCGGUAUUCGUCUUGAAGAUGGCCGAGUCAUUCCCGCUUCUCAUGUGGUUAUCACCACUGGGACAUUUCUCGGUGGGGAGAUACACAUUGGACUGGAGGCAUAUCCCUCAGGACGAAUGGGCGAGGCUGCUACCUUUGGCCUGAGCAAAUCAUUGCGGAGUGCAGGAUUCACUUUGGGACGAUUGAAGACCGGAACCCCGCCACGGCUGGAUCGCGAUACCAUUGAUUUCACUGUUUUACAAGUGCAGCCAGGCGAUGCCCCGCCCACGCCUUUUUCUUACCUGAACAAUACUGUUGAGAUUGGAGAGGCUGGCCAGUUGAAUUGCUGGACCACCUACACCAACGAAGCGUCCCACGAGAUCAUCCGAGCUAACCUGGAUAAGUCGAUACAUAUUCGAGAAACUGUGAAGGGACCCCGAUAUUGCCCGUCCCUAGAAUCCAAGAUCAUCAAAUUCAAGGAUAAACAAAGGCACAUGAUUUGGCUGGAGCCCGAAGGCCUUGAGCCAAACAAAAUUAUCUAUCCUAAUGGUAUCAGCAUGACUGUCCCAGCUGACGCGCAGUACGCCAUGCUCAGGACGGUCAAGGGGCUUGAGAAUGUCAAAAUGCUCCAACCUGGGUAUGGGGUCGAGUAUGACUAUAUUGACCCACGGAAUUUAUUCCCGACACUUGAGACGAAGCUCAUCAAGGGGCUUUUCCUCGCGGGGCAAAUCAACGGCACCACGGGGUACGAAGAAGCUGCGGCUCAGGGCAUUGUUGCAGGUAUAAACGCAGGGUUAUCCGCUCAAGGAAAAGAUUCAUUCACUCUUUCCCGCGCCGAAGCAUUUAUCGGCAUCCUCAUCGACGACCUCAUCACCAAGGGCGUGAGUGAACCAUACAGAAUGUUCACAGCACGAAGUGAAUAUCGCAUGAGCUGUCGCUCCGACAACGCGGACCUGCGACUGACAGAGAAAGGCCGCAAUGUCGGCGUCGUGAGCGACAAGCGGUGGAGUCAUUUCACCAGCACUCGAGAUGAGAUGGCAGAACUGCAAAGCAAACUCGAAGAAGUCAGACACCCAAGCCCAGAAUGGGUGAAAAUGGGGUUUCCUUCGCGCAUCGACUCAACCCGCCGGAGCGCAUUUGAUAUGCUCCGUGUGACCGGCGUCGACAUGAACGGCAUCGCGGACCGCGUCCAAUCUCUGUCCUCAAUCUCCAACUACUCCCCCAAGAUCCAGAGCAGAGUACAAAUAGAAAGCCUCUAUGCUCCUUACAUCUCCUUCCAACAGAAAGCCGCAGAAUCAUUUGCCAGGGACGAAUCCCUCGCUCUACCCGCGGAUCUGGAUUACGAUUCUGUAUUUGGGUUGAGCAUUGGUGAGCGGGAGGUAUUGAAGCUGGUGCGGCCUGGCAGUGUGGGGAUGGCCAGAAGAGUGGAGGGAGUAACGCCACAUGGGGCGCUGAGGCUAUUGAAGUAUGCGAAGAGAAGUGGCCGUAGCAAGAUGCCAGAGGAUGGGUUGUUGCCUCAAAGCGACGGAGCUCAACCUGAAGGAGCUAUUCCUGUAUAA